AACCCACCAGGCUGCCUUGUGGUGCAGUCUAUUGUAGGUCUUUCAGGGGGUGGGGUCAAGGUUUCCAGCCCACCAUUAUCACCAUGAUACUCUGGAUACUCACUGCUCUCAGCAUCAUUCAAGUCGUUGAUGUAACAGAAAACAAGAUUUUAGUGACACAGCGUCCUGUGCUCAGAGUAGAUAACAAAACCGCUACUUUGGUCUGCAACUAUACUUAUAAUGGAACUGGGAAGGAAUUCAGAGCUUCGUUACAUAAAGGAACAGACAGUGCAGUUGAAGUCUGCUUUGUUUCAUGGAAUAUAACCAAAGGUAACAAUACCCAGUCAACUAAUGGUUUCACCUGCCAUGGUUAUCAGGAUGAUCAAAAGAAGCAUGUAAUCUUCAACCUUUCAAACAUGAAUCCCAACCACACUGAUAUUUACUUCUGCAAAAUUGAGGUCAUGUAUCCACCUCCUUAUGUCUGCAGUGACAAGAGCAAUGGAACUAUCAUCCAUGUGAGAGACGUGCCCUUCCAACAAUCAGAACUUCAGUCUACAAGAUACUUUUGGCUUAUGGCAGCAGCAAUUGGAGUUUUUGCUAUCUACAGUAUAAUAAUAACUGUAGCCUGUAUUCACUGUUCGCUGAAAAACAAGAAGAACCGAAUCCUCCAGAGUGACUACAUGAAUAUGACUCCCCGACAUCCUCAAGGCCCAAAGAACAAGUGUUACCAGCCCUAUGCACCAACUCGAGAUUACACUGCAUACCGUUCUUGGCAGCCAUGACUAUCCACUUACCAAACUAUACCCCUGGAUAUGCUUGUAUUCCACCACGUGCCCUUGGACAUGGAAGGACAGCCUGCCAUUAUCUCAUUGUGUUUGCUAUUAAUGAUAACAGAUACCUACGUCAUAGCAAAUACUGGCUAACCUUUAAUUGGUGUUCCAUAAAAACUGACUAUUUUCUACAAUGGUAGAACUGAUGAGCUACAACUCAUGUUCAAGCCUGAUGGUGGCUCAGGGGGAAAGGUAACAUUGGACCCAGUAGGUGGUGUAUUUUUAAUCUUUGCAAUUUUUUGCUCAAUUGCUCAGAAAGCCAGAAUUGUUGAUCUUUCCUAAUUACUUAUGCCUUAUAUUUCUCUUUUAACACUUAUAACUUGAAGAAUUAGAAUUAUCUGAAAUGCAAGUUGGUUGCUGUGAAAUAAGGCACCAAUCAAACUACUAAUGCAAAAUUGGUUCCCUGUCCCUUCAAACAGUGGAAGCUCAUUUUAAAGUUCAGAACAUAUGCACAAGAGAACAGGAGAGGCUUCUUGCUCUAGGGAAAAGUCAGCUAUGGCAGAUCAGUUUAUGGUGCAGAUCAGCUGUAAUGACAGAUCGAGAUCAGUCAAAACCACUGUACAUUAAAUGGGUGAUUCCUUUUGGUUUUUAAAUUCUUGAGCUGGUAACUGUAAUGUCUGCAGCAGGUGGAUUUGACUAGGGAGAGGACACCUGAGGACACAAUUCCAUGCAGUAAGAAAGUGAUUGACCUGAAAGGCAGAUCUAGAAGAACCAGGGAGGAAAAAAGAUCUGCUGCCAUCAUGAAAAGCCCCUUUUGAACUAUGAUGGCCUACAACAAAGAAAUGCAAGGACUUGAGUAAAAUCUUAGGGAAAACUGGUGAAAAAAAUAUUCAUUAGAAAACACUGAGGCCAGAUUUUGAAAAAAAGGCUCUGUAUCCAAAGUGAAUCAAAUUUACUGAGGUCUCUUGCAAAUCUGUCUACUUCUGGAGCCCAAAUAGGACGAGCUUUUUAAAAAAUCUGAGCCCUAUAAUGAACAAUAAGAUCAUUUGAAAAUCUUCCCUUAUGAUCUCCCAAUUCUCACUGUGGUCUACAGGAACCUUGAAGGAAUAUGUUCCAAGUGGGGGAUUAUGUUCUUAUGUAGACAGUUCCUUAGGCACACUCAUGCAGGAAUAAAACAAGCACUAGAAUAAACCCUGUUCUGCAAUUCCUGUGUGACAGGUUUCCAUAAGCAAUGCUCACAAAACUCUAAUAGGGUUAGUUCAGCAAAAAGUCCUUGUAUUCUUGGAAAGAGACAGUCUUCUAUCUGAAGUUGAGCAAAAAAUAAGAAUUUCCAACCUGUGGGAAAUUCUGAUAGUUCAAUUUUGUUUUCAUCCUAUACCAGGACAAAAAGUUGAAAUUAUGAAUUUCUUUGCAGAAAAAAAAAGAAAAAAAAUAGAAUUGGGAAUAGAGAAACAAUUUGCUUUGACAACUUUAAAAUGAAACAGAGUACCAUGGCACAUCUCCAAAUAGAAAAAUUCAUUUGAGUUUGUUGAACUGACCCAAAACACUGCAUAUAAAACCUUGCUGCCAUGCAUUGCUUUAUGAGAGUUAUAGAGCAGCAGUCUGAUGCCAUCUUUCUCCCUGGGCAGACUGCAACUCCCAUGAUGCAUCUGCCAUCAUAGUAUUUGUGCAGUCAUAUGCAUCACACUCCUUGGUCAGAAGGGAGACUGUACUGCCUUACAGGUGAUGUGGUCAGGUUAAGGAGAGCAGCCUACUAAGAAAAAUGGGGGCUUGAACUAUAAUUUUCAUUAGGCAACACAGGACAAUAGGCAGUGCAAUAGCAAGGGGGGGUGGGGGGCGAGCAGGGCGACCACUCUGGGCACUGAUGUGAAGGGGUGC